AAGGGUGAGGUUCAUCUGUCGCUGCUUCCGUGAUGAGGAUCCGGAUGCUCGUAUAUAAAGAGGGCUACCAACGGCACCCUCCUGCUUGUUGAGAUCAAUCCAGAGCACUCACUUCACCAACACUUUUACUCCUCUCUCUGGUCUCCAACAUGAAGUUCGCUGCCGGAAUCCUGUCCGCCACCUUUGUGGCCGGUACUGUUACUGCUGACAGCUUUGCCUACGAGAGACUGAGUAAAAAUGAAUCCAUGCUCGUGAUUGUCGACCACCAGGAGGGACUCUUCAGCCUCGCCCGCGACUGGGACGCUACUCUCUUCAAGGACGCCAUGUUUGCCCACGCAGCGAUAGGCAAAGCCUUUGGCCUGCCCGUGGUGAUGACCACUUCGGCCGAGAAAGGUCCCAACGGCCCGCUGCCGCAGGAGAUCCUCGACAUGUACCCCGACGCACCCCUCAUCGCUCGCCCGGGCGAGGUCAAUGCCUGGGACAACGCCGACUUCCGCGCUGCCGUCAAGGCCGCCAACAAAACCCAGAUCAUCCUGGCCGGCAUCGUCACUGACGUCUGCACCGCCUUCCUGGCCCGCUCGCUCCGCGCCGAGGGCUACUCGGUGUGGGCCAACUUCGAAGCCAGCGGCACGACGACCAAGGAGAUCCGCGAGAUCGCCAACGCGCAGCUGCUCCGCGCGGGCGUCAACGUCGUAUCUCUCUUCGCCAUCGUCGGCGACCUCAUGCGCGACUGGCGCAGCGUUCCCGGUGCCAAGGAGAUGUUCCCCUGGCUGGACCGCUACUUCCCCGCCGCCGGCAUGGUCGCGCGCGCCCACCGUGCCGCUAUCGAGAACGGUGUUGUCAUGCCUGGCCAGGGAGACUUGCCUCGGUAAUUAUUAAGGACGUGCUCUGCCGUAUUGAGCCCUGAUCGUCCAUAUAUUGAGGCUGGCGUGUUCAGAAAGGUUGAGCUGAGUGUGUGCGGGCCACUGGGAACUUGGAAGUGAAGGAAAGAUACGGGUUUCGGAUCUUUUGGCUCUUGAGGCAUAGCUUUCCUAUCAUGGUGACUGGAUAGAUGGGGGAGAAGGUAUAAAGCCGGUC